UUGAGCCAUUCUCAGGAGCGAGUCCUUUGCACUGCACACAAGCAAGAGGAGGAAACUGUAGCUGUGACUUAAAACGCUGCCUUUUGAUGACCUGCUUUGCAUUUGGACACUUGUAGACCAGAUUUUUUUUUGGGGGGGGGCGGGGUGUUCGAGCAGAGGUUGGGCGAGCCUCUGGACCGGAAGACAGAGCAAGACUCACCUGAGCACACUGGUGGAUAUCCUUCCUGCAACUGUUCAUUCCAACACAACAAAACCCAGUUCUUAUCACCACCACACUCGUCAGUCGAGCAGAUCAAGAGCAGGCUCCAGUUCCUGCGCUGUGAAAUUGAAUCAGAGGAAACGGAGGGGCAGCACAGCAGAGGCUUUGUGUCCCUGCGAUUGAAACACUAACCAGCUGAAGAUAUCAAAGACCAUCCUGGACAAAGCGUUCUUCUCAAUCCUCCCCGGUUCGCCUCAAAUCUGCUGUUGAAGUAUAAAGUGAUCAAAAGCUGCACAUCACUCAGAGAGAGAGGGCAGGCUAAAGGGGACCGUGCACGAGGGGAAAAGGACUGUGUGCAGGUGCCGGGGCUGCCAUGGUACGUGGAGGUAGUGUGGCUCCAUCCCGCAGGGGCCUGUGGGUGUUUGGUGCCCUGUCGUUAGUGGCACUGUGCUUGUCGGACCAGGCCAUCCGCUGCCCGUUGUGCUCCGAGGAGCGGCUGGCCAGCUGCCGCCUGCCAGACGGCUGCGAGGAGACGGUGCGGGAGCCCGGCUGCGGCUGCUGCCCCACCUGUGCCCUUCAUAAAGGUGCGCAAUGUGGCGUCUACUCACCCCGAUGUGGCACAGGCCUCCGCUGCUACCCGCCGCGGGGCGUGGACAGACCACUGCACUCGCUGAUGCACGGCCAGGGGGUAUGCACCGACGAGCGGGAGGUGGAGGAGAACUCAGCGAUGGACAGGCAGGACGAGAUCAUCCCCGAGCACCCGAACAACAGCAAUAUCCGGUGCAGUCCACAAGACAAGCGCUGCAUACAGAAGACCCUGGCCCGGCAUCCUCCCAAAUCCACGAAUCAGAGAAGCAACACAGCCAGGGAGGAGACCAAGGCGGCGCUGGCUCCAUGUCGUGCUGAGCUACAAAGAGCACUGGACAGACUGGCAUCAAAUACCCGCACACACGAUGAUCUCUUCACGAUCCCUAUACCAAACUGUGACAAGAACGGAGACUUCCACGCUAAACAGUGUCACCCUGCGCGUGACGGUCAGCGGGGAAAGUGCUGGUGUGUGGAUCAGAAGACGGGCUUGAGGCUGCCGGGGCCAUUGGAGCAGCGAGGGGAUCUGGACUGUCACCAGCUAAUGACUGCCACCCUAAGGGAUUGAGGAGGGGGUGUCGCAGUGGGGGUGCAGGACCAGCGGAAUUCUACUGGUGCUUGUUAGUAGAACUACAUGAGGAAAGGACUUCGCCCUAAAGCCUCACUUCAACUGAGGCCAACGGUACUUGACCUUUGCGCAACAAAAAGGAAACCAUUGAAUUGAGUUCUUUUGCUAUUUUGUUUCUGUGUGUGACAGUAUGUGAUCUCUGAGUGUUUUGAGCACUUUUUGUGUGUUAUUUCUACUAUUGUGAACCUAAGAACGAUAGUCUUCAGACUCAUGCGCUUUAAAGAUGACAGGUGGCAGGAAAAAAAACAACCCUUCCGCAGAUAAGAGUUGUAGUUGUGAUCUUUGUUAGGGAACAAAAGGUGUUUUCUCUCUAGUCUAACUUCAGUGUAGUAUUCUUGAAAAGUGAAAAGAAAUUGCAACAGCCCCAGCAGAGCCGGACUCAGAUAAAACAGGUGCUGUUAGUAUUUGUUUUAUUCUUUCUAGAGUAACUAGAUCAGCUGCAAUUACUGCAUCAGGACGAUCCAGAAAAAAAUCAGAAUUAAAGGAUUGUGUGCUCGUUCAUCAACACAAUAUGGGUGUAAUGUGAGGGUCUCAUUUUAUUGUGCUAUAUGUCGUAAACCCCACCCAUCUGGUAAGUAGGUCAAAACAAACCAUAAAACGAGAUUGCAAGCACAAAGUCUAGUUCAGCGAUGACACAACAGUAGCAAUAAUAGAUAGGAUGAGAAAAACAAACCCCCUGCCUUGAUUUAUCAAAUGAUAAACCAUAGCUUUUCACAACGUGGAGACUAGAGUGAAAAAGUGAUACUCAUUUGAAAAAAACUGUAUCUCUGAAAAGCCUGGAAUAGUUUUGCUUCAUCUGCCCGUGGUUGACGAUGCAUCCCCCUCUCGUUGAAGUCCAGCUCUCUCUAGCAGAGGGACUGGCAGCGCUGGGCUCGAAACUCUCUGUACACUGCUGAUAAGAUAAUCUUAUUUUUCCAGCUGGUGCUAGGAUGCCAGUGUGACUCUUGUGUUUGCAUGAAUAUGUUUCGGCACACGGGACUUCAAUCCAAACAGACUGCUCGGCAGAUCUCUGGUGGUGCUAUACACUGAUUGUGCCAAAAAUACAAAUAGAAACAAAUGGCUUCUGCACUUUUUGGGCAUUGUUUAGAAUUGCAACAGAAGACUGAGAUUUUCAGGAAGUGGUGCAUUUAGCAUCGGCAAGUGUGACGACCACCUCAUUGUGUGACCUUCCGCACAAGCUAAUUGACAGAGGCUUUCCAUGUGUAUUAUUCAUGUUAUUGUCAAAAAUAUGAAAGUAACAUCCCACAUUAGCUUUGCACUGCAGCUAACAUGGCCGGAUGUUUCAUUGGCCACAGCGGUAAAUUGCAGGCGUGACAUGUUUUAAAUAUACAAGCGUGUAAUCAAUCGUGACGAUCAUGGGGCAGCGAUGCAACUUGUAGCUAACGUGAAGCCUUAAAUGGAGAACUCUGGUGUGGCAGUAAAGAUAGCAUAACGAUCACGCUCUGUUAAUCUGACAACGCUAGUUAUGAGUCAUCAUAUCAUCUGUAGAGCAUCACACUAAUAAUUUAUGGGGUGCAUUGCCAGUGCAAGUGACUAAGCUACUCCUUGUACGACCAUAGGAGAGGCUGGUAAUAAUCUUAAGGAAUCCGAUUGUACCGCUGGAGUUCAUUACUUGUUCGAGGCAGGUUUAAGCUAAUGCUGGUGUUUGUCACUACCAGAUAUGGACUGCCUGCUCCAUCCAUGGGACACUUUGGUCAUUAUUGGUCACUAUUGGUGUUGGCUGUGUUGGUCUAAGCUAAGUAUAGUAUAGACAUAGUCAGAGAAUAGGAAGAUCUCUCAUUCGAGGUCGUAAAACCUCAAACCUUCAAAUGUGAAAAGUAGUUGCUUUCACCCAGUAAUCUCAUCCCAGAUAACAGCUGAUAUGGACCAGCUCAUCCCCCCCAAAUCAAUAGGGGGGAUGAGCUGAUGUUUCUCAGUGUAUCCUGAAGGUAAUUGAGGUUGUGAGGGUAAAUUCUAAAGAAUUUAAACGACCCAUCCACUAUUUGUACACGUAAAAAUCGAAGGAUGCGUUUUAAGUGCACUUUUUGAUUUUGCUACAAAACUCAAAAAAGAAAUUGAUAUUUAAAAAAAAGAAUUACAGAUAGCUUUCCAUAGAUUCACACGCCGUAACGUUUUAUCAUAACAAUACAAUUAAAACAAAAAUCAUCAUAGGUAACUUCUUUUCUUGUCUCUGUGUUGGCCGAGUUUUUCUAUUGAAUAUAUCAUAAGUCAGAAUUCCACACUUUUGGUCGUACGUUACUAAUAAAACUACACACUGCUGGAAAUGUAAUCACUGAAGCCAAGGUCAAUUCAUAACCUUUGAUGGAAACACGGUAUUGUCACCUGAUGACCAGUUUUAUUUGUCACUAAAGAAAAAAUGAAUCCAAAGGUCGUUCACCAAAACACAGACAGAUGAGUGGAGAAUCAUUGCUGCAGCUUGAAAAUAUCAAAAACCAAAUAAUUCCAAAGACUGCAAAGUCUCUGGAGAGUUCAAUAUUCACUCAGUGAACUGCAUGCACACAAAAAAAGUUCCAACACCAUCCUAUCUUAUCAUUCAUCAACUAAUGAGGCGUUACUAAGCACACUCCGACACAUCUUUCUGUUAAAUAGUCUUCAUCUUUGAGAGAGAUGGCUUUGAUUUUGAAAAGGCCGUCUUACUACAUAAAAUGUGUAUUUAAGCUCUAGCUAUUGCUUGAUCUCUAACUUUGCUGUACUGACGUGUAAGUGCAUUUCUUGAGAAUAGACUGUUCCACUUUGCCUUUGAUAUUAUCUGUUCAUGUGUAGAAGAUAUCGAAUUAUGUUUUGCAUGCAUCCAAAUGGACUGGGGUUGGGAACAGCUAAGGUCUAGUGUAUCUUGUCCAGAACAGGACUGUUACAGUAUAUUCAAACACUGAAGUGAUCAAAGAACUGAAAUAUAGCAUUUCAACAGAUGAAAUAAUCAUUUACAUUGUAAAUGUUUACCUGAUGAACAUGUAUACAUUGUAAUACAUCAAUUAAAAUACUUUCGAAACCA